AUGGCUUCAACAUAUUCCCAACUUGCAGCGGUCGGCAUCAAAGGAGCUGACAGCCUUGUAACAGGUUUCGCAGGUAUUGCAGCAUCUGCGGAAGAUCCGAAACAAGCGAUGAAGUCACUGUCACAGCAAGCGACUCAGAUGGCUGCAAAGCCGACUGUCGCAUGGCAGGAUUUCAAAAUCAUGAUGGAACAGACGCCAGCCGGUAUUUCCGCUGUUGCGAAGGAAAUGGGAAUGACUACCCAGGAACUCGUUGCGAACGUACAGGAUGGCACUGUCAAGACGGAAGAAUUUUUUUGCGGCGGUCCAAAAGGCAAUGGAUGGCCUUCAGAAACGAUAGCAAACACCCUUGCUCCAGCAUUUGAGAUGUUGUCUGGAAAAGGCAUUUCUGCAGUCGAAGGCAUUAUCAGCAAAGUCGAAUCAAUCGACGGACAGGCUCUCGCAGAUAAGAUCGGCGGAUGGAUCGAGCAGGCUCAGCCGUAUUUCGACCAGUUCAAGAUCGUUGCCGGCUAUGUGUGGGACGCGCUUCAGAUGUGCUGGCGGCUGUUGCUGGGUGGAUUUUUCGCACUUGGCAUCGUGAGCAGUAUUGUAGGCCCGAUCAGCUCCGUGGUUGGUGCGAUCGGUAAUCUCGGCAGUCUUCCACUGCCGAAGAUCGCGGCAAAUCUGCUUGGCACUGCGGCUGCAGAAGAGGCUGAGGGUGCGGCAUCUGCUACAGCAGUAGGUCCAACGCUCGCCAUGGCAGCGGCGUUUAUCGCGAUGGGCGCAGGCGUGCUCUUAGCGUCGGCGGGGGCUUUAUCUCAUUGCACAGGCGGCGAUUCAGAUCGCAGGCGCAGGGCCAGCGGCGGCUGUAGGUAUGGUCGCAUGGUAGCGGCUAUCGCCGGGCUGGCGGCAGGUGCUGCGUUACUCGGCCCAGCUCUCACAGCCGGAUCUGUUGGAAUGAUCGCAUUCGGCGGAGCUAUUGUGAUGAUAGGCGCAGCGAUUGCUACAUACGGCAUGGCGGCGGCAAUGGGAAUGAUGAUGCUUUCAUCUGCAAUGUUAAUGCUUACAGCAGGCGCUGCAGCGGCAUCUGUCGGCCUCGUUGCUCUUACAGCUUCGUCUGUCGCUUCGGCGGCAGGCAUUGCAGCAUUUGGUGUUGCGGCUACAGCUUCUGCUGCUGGUGUUGUAGCACUGGCAGGAGCUGCAAAGAUGGUCGCUUCACAGCUCAAAUCAAUUGAUAAGAGCUCGCAGAGUGCGUCAGCUAAUCUGAGCGCAAUGGUUGGUUCUGUCUCCAUCGUUUCCGAAGGACUCGGGGCUCUCGGGGAAAAGGCAAACUCGGCAAUGACGACAUUAACGAACGCAUUCACCAAUGCGGCAUCAAAAGCACAGCAGGCGGGCCGAAAAGUCGGUGAAGGCUUCCACAAACGGCAUGAAGUCCGGACUGUCAAAAGCUCCGUCGGCGGCGAAGAGUGCUGUCAAUUCUACGAUCAGCGCAAUGAAUGGAGAUAUAGCUCUGCAUAUUCUGCAGGUCAGAGAAUCGGCAAGGGCUUCGUAGACGGGCUCAGAAGUCAGCUCGCAUCCGUGCGAUCUAUCGCAGGCGAGAUCAAGGCGGCGAGCACGAUGUCCAGCGCAUCCUAUUCCAUGGCAGACACAAAUCAGCCUGCUUCAUCUCGUGAGCUGUCGGCCGAAUCCGUAUGCAUCAACGGCAUUUGGCUUGAAGAUGAAAUCGAAGGCUUCAGAGUUCUCUCUACCACUGGCAGAGAGGGCUCUGAGUUCUUCCGUCAGCUUCUUCUCCGUGGGAAGCAGGGAACGGCGGCAAGUUCAAGUCAAGGACGGUAUCCUGAGAGAGAAAUCAUUGUCCGGUAUCAGCUCAUUGCUGAUUCUUCGAGCGAUUUCAGAGAGAAAUACAACCACCUCGCAAAGCUGCUGAACGUGGAGGAAGUGCAGAUCAUCUUCAACGACGAGACGGACAAGUGCUUCACAGGAAACUCCCGAAGCAAUCGGGAAGGUCGAAGCGGGAAUGAACUCAGUCAUCGGAGAGUUCACGAUUCUCUGCCUUGA